UUUAAGAAAAAACAACGGAAAUAUAUUGAUAAUAAUUUAAUAUUGAAAGUUGAAUGGGUCUUCUGUGUCCGUACACUGUAAAAUAUGUACGGCCGAACGAAAGACGUGGGUUAGAAAUCGUCACAGGAAAAAGUAGUCCUCUUCACCCAAUCAUAGAUCGACAGCCUACUUGACGAAACCACCCUGGUUUUCUAAUCCCGCUAUCUUCUGCCAAUGUUGUUUUCAAAGCUUCAAUUCAGGGAAGGGGAAAAAAAAAUCUUUUUAAUAUAUUGAUUAUAAAAUAUUAAAAAUAUUUUAAUAAUUUCUUUUAAUUUUUUUAAUAUAUUUUUUAAACUAAUCAAUCUCAACUUUUGAAUUUCGAUAGGAAACGUAGCCGAUGUGUUUCCCACAAAAUAAAUAUUAUUUUAUUUAUCACCCUUUCUUUUUAAUUAUUUAUUCAUUGUCUCUAUCUUUGUACACAUUCAUACAUUAACUUCUUCUCUCUGCACAGAGAGAAGCAAGUAGCAACCAUAAGAGAGAAGGACCUCGCUUUCUUCUUCUUCUUCUUCUUCUUCAUUUUUUUUUUUAAAUUUUUUGGCACUGGGUGGUGGGUCGUGCAGCUUUGAAUUCUGGGUGGGUUCAUUUUUUUCCUCCUGAAUAAGAAAAAGAAGGAUAGAAUAUGGGGAGGGGUAGGGUUCAGCUUAAGAGAAUUGAGAACAAGAUCAAUAGGCAAGUGACUUUUUCCAAGCGAAGGUCUGGCUUGUUGAAGAAAGCCCAUGAGAUCUCUGUGCUUUGUGAUGCUGAGGUUGCUUUGAUCGUCUUCUCCACCAAAGGGAAGCUCUUUGAAUACUCUACUGAUUCCUGCAUGGAAAGGAUCCUCGAACGUUAUGAGAGAUAUUCAUAUGCAGACAGGCAGCUUGUUGCGACUGGUAGCGAAACAAAUGGUAGCUGGACUCUGGAACAUGCAAAGUUGAAGGCUAGGAUGGAGGUUCUCCAGAGAAACCAAAGGCAUUUCAUGGGAGAAGAUCUUGAUACCUUAAGCCUCAAAGAGCUUCAGAGCGUGGAGCAGCAGAUUGAUUCUGCUCUUAAGCACAUAAGGUCAAGAAAGAACCAAUUGAUGUAUGAAUCCAUUGCAGAAUUGCAGAAGAAGAGCAAGGCAUUGCAGGAGCAAAACAACCAAUUUGCAAAGAAGGUCAAGGAGAAGGAGAAGGAAAUAGCUCAGCAGAAUCAAAAGGAGCAACAAAAUCAUAUUAUAGAUUCAUCUACUGUUCUACCACCACCAAUGCAGUCUUUGAACAUAAGAGGCAAUAGAGAUGAAGAUGAAACAACUCCAAUGCAACAUCUAGCCAAUGCAGUCUUGCCAUCUUGGAUGAUUCCCUACCUGAACGAGUAAACAAAGGAAGACGAAUGAAAAUUUUGAUGCGUUGCACGCAGUAAGAUGUGGGGAAGGGUCCAUUGUGGCAGACUCCUAUUUAUUAUUAAUGCAGUCAAGUAAAUAUAUUUUCAAU